UUCACUCUGUUGUCCACACUGACCCACCAUAACAUCCAGAGGAUGACGGAGGCUCUGGAGGAGGAUUUCGGCCUAUUUGGACACAGACUCCAGUUGGCAGAUAUGGUGAGGCAGAGCAGGGUGGCAGAGCUGCAAGCCUUCCAGCACUCUCUCCAGUUACAGAGUAACUCUUUGGCCUCUGGCCCAGUAGGGGACAGCUGUGGUGGACAGCAGAAUGUGGUGACCACCACUGCCACAGAGGAGAGACAGCGCCUCUCACAGGGCCCUCCAGAGGUGGAAGCCAGCCAGCCAGUAAACAUUCCAGACUCCGCCAAACCAAAGAAGAAGAAAAGGAGGUCAAGAGCAAAAGACAGCUUCACUGGAAACUUCAAAGACCUGUACAAACUGACGGAUGAAAUGCUGGGUCAGGGUGCAUAUGCAAAGGUCCAAGGAUGCAUCAGUCUUCAGAAUGGGAAUGAAUAUGCUGUGAAGAUCAUUGAGAAGAAUGCGGGGCACAGUCGCAGCCGCGUCUUCCGUGAGGUGGAGACCCUUUACCAGUGCCAGGGGAAUAGGAACAUUCUGGAACUAAUACAGUUUUUUGAAGAUGACUCCUGUUUCUACUUGGUGUUUGAGAAGUUGCGCGGAGGCUCCAUUCUGACUCACAUCCAGAACCGAAAGCACUUUGAUGAGCUGGAGGCCAGCCGUGUGGUCAGGGACAUCUCCAAAGCUCUCCACUUCCUCCACAACAAAGGUAAGACCCCUGCACAUGGGGCUGUCCCUGCCAGUGCCUGUAUAAAAUUACAGUGUGAGUGUUUCUUCAUGAACAUUCUCUGUUCUACAGGUAUUGCCCACCGGGACCUAAAGCCAGAGAACAUCCUGUGUGAAUCCACUGACCAGGUGUCUCCAGUGAAGAUCUGUGACUUUGACUUGGGCAGUGGAGUGAAGCUUAGCAGUGCCUGUGUUCCUAUCACCACUCCAGAGCUCACCACACCAUGUGGCUCGGCAGAGUACAUGGCUCCAGAGGUGGUGGAGGUGUUCACGGAUGAGGCCUCGUUCUACGACAAGCGCUGUGACCUCUGGAGCCUGGGGGUCAUCCUCUAUAUUCUGCUCAGUGGCAGCCCCCCCUUCACUGGUCAUUGUGGGACUGACUGUGGCUGGGACCGUGGAGAGACCUGCCGCACCUGCCAGAAGAAUCUGUUUGAGAACAUCCAGGAGGGCCAGUAUGAGUUCCCAGAGAGGGACUGGGCCCACAUCUCUGCCCAGGCCAAGGACCUCAUCUCCAGGCUGCUGGUGCGGGAUGCCACCCUCCGCCUCAGUGCUGCCCAGGUCCUGCAGCACCCCUGGGUUCAGGGGAAUGCACCAGAGAGAGGUCUCCCAACCCCACACUUCCUCCAAAGGAACAGCAGCACCAAAGACCUGACCCAGUUCGCCGCCGACGCCAUCGCCUUCAACCGCCAGCUAUCACAGCACGACGAGGAGCAGGAAGAAGUGGUCACCACCAUCGUGACCUCCAUGAGGCUCUCGCCCCCCUCCAACUCCCGGCUGGCUCGCAGGCGGGCGCAAUCCAACGCUCAGCGCACCGCCCGGGACUUCCUGCCUGCUGACGACGACCCUCUCAUCACCUGACCAGCCCCUGGUUUAACCCCAGGGAGACCCCGUUUGGUGCUACUGCAGGCUGGAAGCUCUCUCACACCUGGUUUAUCCUUCUAAUAUAGUUGUGUGGUUCUAAGAUCCCUACAUGGGCAGAUUCUCAGAUUUAGCACUGUCAGCAUUAGAACCACUGCCAGGCUCUGUGUGCCUUCCCCUCCCCUCUUUUUUUCCCUCCAUUCCCUCCAUCCUGGUGCUAGCCCCGCCCCCCCCUUCUCCUCUCUACAUGGUGUUUACCAUGUCACACUAUCUGAGAUGGACGAUAGCUGCCAUUGGCAGCAGACUCCUGUGUAGCUUCACAGGUUGGUAACCCCAUUGUCCAAGCUCUCAUCAUGGCCAGUGGUCUUCUUAUCACCUUGAAACAGAGACACAGGAGGACAAAGGGAAGCACGUUUAUCCUCUAGUAAACUAACACACGCUUAGUCCCAGCUUUGUAUCAGUUGCUGAGUCUGGUUUCAGUGAUUGGUUUGGGUUGAGGUAGUUUCCUGCAUUUGAUAAUAAUCUCAGUCUAUACAGAUCGCAAUCCCAUGUUAAGACCAGAAAUAAAAUCACUAGAAUGGUUCUAAGCCUGUUCUAGUGAUUAUUUUUCUAUGGUUAAGACUGAUUGUGAUGGUUGGUUUAUGCUAGCUAUACUUAAUUGCACGGUUCUUUCCGUUAGCAUGGGGCAUUUAUACACAUACAGUACAUGUAGCUAGUCUGUCUUAUUGUAAAAAUCAACUAUAAUUUAUGUUGUGAAAAGGUUUUGGCAUUAUUUAUAGAGUUACUGAAUGCUGCAAAAGUAGAGCAUUACUUUUCAGACACUUAGUAAUGCCGUUUUUAGGGGUGGUCAUACAUUGGCUGUGUUGGCCUACAUAUGCUGUGAGGAGGGUUGCAAAACUUUUCCAAAAUGUCCUGUUUUUUCCAGAAAUCCCAGUUGGAUGAUUUCUGAAACCAGCAGGGAAGAAGCAUCCAACCUCAACAUUUUCAAGCAGGAUUUCUGACAAAACAGGGAAUUGUUGGAAAGUUUUGGGAAUUCUGCAACCCUAGCUGUGAGUUUCCCAAUAAUGGCAUGGAAAGCAGACACUGUGACUAUGGCCUGGUAUUCAGGGAAUGGACUCUUUCCUUGAUUAUCCUAGUAAGCAUUCAGGGGCCCUAUUGACAGAUGGGUCAAUAUCUACAGUAUGUUGAGUAUGAGUGUUUAGCCUGGAACUUUUAAGACACAUUGUGCUUGCUUGCGGAAGGUGGGUUACUGAAUGUUUGAAUUUGAAAAGCAUUUUGAGAUAUUUUAAUGACCCUGCAAUUCCAUUUCUUAUCUCCUUAUCAAAACAACAGCUACCUGGAACACUUCUAUACUUUGAAAUAACUCACUCAUCAUAUGUAUCUUGAGAGUAUUUGAAAUGAUUGCAUUUCAUCAGUAUUUUUGAUAAACUACAAGGAUUACCUCAGAAACCAGAAUUGCACUAGCCUGGGUGCCAGUUUGUUUGUGCUAUCAUGUUGUCACUCAAUGUCAUGCAAAACAUGACAAUACAAAGAGUUGACAUGAUGGCACAAACAGAUCUGGGACCAAGUUAGAAUUUGCCCCAUGUCUUUGCAAAUUUUUUCCAAAUGAUGUCAGGACCAUUCUGCCAUUGCUUGCUUCAAAUGUUUUUAACUUCUUUUCAGUCAUACCAGUAAUAACCUGUUGCGUUCUUUUUACGUGAAUUAAUUUCUGUUUUGGUUAUUCACACCUCACAGAAUAUUGUCAGAAUCCGUUUAAGUGAUUUAGAAAUUUGGAAAUGUCUUAUUUUUUUAUUUAUAUACAUUCUAUAUUCCAGAGGGGAUGGCAUGAUAGAGAUACCUUUCUCUGGUGGAAAGGGAAUUAUAGUUUUAUAUAUCAGUAUUUUUAGUAAUUGUUUUGUUUGUGUAUUGUUGUUGUUGCACAAACAUUUGGUUGGUUUGUCUGUAAAUGGAUCUGAAUAAGUGUGCCAAAGAAACCAUAGAUACUGAUAGAAAUAACUUGUGACGACUGUGAAUGCUAGCAUGUCACAUAAAAUGAGUUUCGGGUUUUAGUCAGACGGCCAUUUCAGCCUGUGUAACAUUUGUUCAAAUCCACCUAGUUACUGAAAUGCUCUUUGGUUACUGAACGUUUCUGUAGUUACUGAAAUGAUUUGAUUUACCUCUACCAGUUUGACUGUUUGACCCCUGUAAGAGCUUGUCAUUUUAUUAAAGUUGGUACCCCUCACCUUAUUAACCCCCCCCCCACUAUCCGGAUCUCCCCCGGUUGCCAUGGAUACUCCAUCGCUAUAGCAACUAAGGGGCCUUACUAAGCGGGCACAAACUCUCCGUCAGAGAGGGUGCAACACGUUAGGGAUCUCCCAGUGGCUAUGGUAAAGCUCUCCCACUCUCAUUGGGUCUUAUGCAAGUGGCUGCUUAAGUCCCAAAUGGCACCCUAAAGCCCAUAGGGCUCUGGUCAAAAGUAGUGCACUACAUAGGUAAUUAGGUGCCAUUUGGGACGCUGACGCUAAACUGAAAUUAGAUGGGAAAAGAUACAGUAAUUGGCAUAAGCUAUGCAGCUAAAUACCUUAUGAUGUCCACCGUUUAUGUUCAAGCCCACGUGUAUGAGGUCUUAUGGCAAAUAUGCGUUUGUUCUUACAAUGUUGCACAUCAAUAGCCCCUGUGGUAUGCUGUUUUCCCAAUAAAAUCAAAUUCUUUCUUAUCAAA